AUGUGGGUGAGUCAAGACCCCCGGCAGGAGUGCCCCGCAUUGGAGCAGGCAGCACCACAGCUGGUAGAUGAUCUUGAGGCCUAUCUUGUGACGCUGCGUCAGAAGACCGAGGAAGCAGCGGCAGCGGGGGUAUACUUCCGGGAACAUCCGUCCGUGUCAUUUUACCGCGGUUGCCGCUCGGUGGAGGUGCGACUACCCCCACAACGGGUGGGAGAGGCGCAACAUGACACAAGUUUUCUGCGGGUUAUUGCUCUUCAUCAGGCACUUUUGCCGCCGUGCCAGAACGGGCCAGGCUUUUCAGAGGAAGAACAGUCAGCACGAUUGUCUAGCUCCGAUGGAAUUGAGCUGCUGCGUUUGAAUUGGAACCGGCUGCUCUGGUUGCUUAUGCCGUCGCUGCAGUUUGGUGUGACGACGGGGAGGUGUACAGAAAGGGAGGAGGAUUACGCCAGCAUGGGAGUGGACGGGGAGUGUACGUCGAGCUCUUUGAUUUCUGAUUGGGAACUCCAGCGGCCGGUAACGUGGGAGGACUACAAACAGCUUCGCCAUCCCAGCAUAAUGGAUCGCAUACACUACAGUUACGUGGUUUUUCUUCGCUUUUACGGCUGGCGGCUUUACAACGAGGAGAGUGGCGUGUUAGACCGUCAUAGAAAUUGGCGGGAACGGUACAAGGCGCUAGCACCAGGCAGUAAUCUGCGCGACGGGGGUGGCGCUGCGGGUGGCUCCUUCCUUGGCUUUUAUGCUGCACUGCCGCGUAUCCUGUGCGUGCUGCUGGAGCUGUGCCUGACACGCUACGCCGUGAAUUUAGUUGCCUUUCUUCUGGAGGAGAUGAGCAAAGGGCGACUUCUGCUGCUGCAGUCAAGCUUGGAGGAGAGUUGGCUGCCUCAGAUACUUUGCAGCAGGCAGGUGGCGGAAGCUGAGAGGGAGCGGCUGCGUCGGCAACUGUACCGUCUCAGCCACAGUGACUCUGACUAG